AAGACCUUGGUGGUGGGUCUCAUAAAUGUCACCCUCCAAAGUAGCUAUUUUGUCCAGCGGAACUGAUUUUUGUACUCUGGAAAGCAGCUGUAAUUCUGAGAAAUCUCCAGAUCCUGCCCAGAAGUUGGUAACUUUAUGCUGAAGAUCCGAGGCUCAAUCCCUGGUCUCUCCAGAUAAAAGGAUCAGGUAGCAGGUGACGUUAAUGGCCUCUGCCUGAAAUCCUGGAAAGCUGCUACCAGUCAGAACGGACAAUCCUGACCCUGAUAGACCAACAGGCUGCCUCAGUUAAAGGCAGAUUCAUCGGCUGCCAUGCUCAGCCUCAUUCCUCCAUUCUCAUACCUCGUUGUCCUCCUCUUCCUACUGGAUCCCAGUUCUGCCACUGAAGAGGAAGCUGUGGUGGUCACCAGCAAUGGGCCUCUUAAGGGCAAGCGGCUUCAGGUUGGUUCUGGAGCUGUGACUGCCUAUCUGGGCAUCCCCUACGCCGAACCUCCAGUGGGGAUCUUGCGGUUCCAGAAGCCCCAGCCUCAUCAGCCGUGGAGCCAUGUUUUGGAGGCCACCAACUUUGGCAACUCAUGUCACCAGGAAACGUCUUACUCCUUACCUUAUUCCACAAUUUGGGUUGCUAAUAAGCCAUUUUCAGAGGACUGUUUGUUUCUCAAUAUCUGGGUGCCAUAUCCUCAACCCACAACACCCGCUCCUGUCCUUGUUUGGAUCCAUGGUGGGGGAUAUAUUGCCGGUGCAGGUUCUCUUGAUUUGAACAAUGGAGCGUUCUUAGCAGCUACUGAGAAUGUCAUUGUGGCCUCCAUGAACUACCGCUUGGGGGUUCUGGGUUUUCUCUUCUUCCCUCCAGAUGCCCCAGGGAACAUGGGCUUGUGGGACCAACAGCUGGCUGUGAAAUGGUUGAAGGAGAAUGCAGCCAUCUUUGGUGGUGACCCAGCUCGGCUGACUCUCUUUGGCCACAGUGCUGGAGCAGCCUCUGUGGGUUUCCACCUCCUGUCACCGACAAGCCAGCCCCUUUUUGCUCGGGCUGUGCUACAGAGUGGAGCUCCUAAUGCCCCCUGGGCUUGGAAGGAUCCCGAAAAGCUCAAACAGUACACCUUGAAGAUUGGUCACCUACUAGGCUGCCCUAACAAAAACAAUAGUAAUGUUGUGAGCUGCCUACAGGAAAUGGAAAUGAAAGACAAUAGAUUUGAUAAGUUUGAUUUCCUCUUCUUGCCCACCAUAGAUGGUGAAUUCCUUCCUGGUCAUCCGCUAAAUCUUCUGGACAGUGGGCUGAUUCAGGCCAAGCCACUUCUCGCUGGUGUCACAGGCGAUGAUGGGUCUGUCUAUGUGUUAUAUUCUGUUCCAAGUGCUAUAGAAAGCGAUGGGAAGCUGACCUGGGAGCAGCUCCUGGAAGGGCUGAAGAGAACAGUGCAAAAGCGCAUUGCAAAGGACAUCAAGGCUAUAGCACGGAAGUACAGUGAAAAUGGCUAUGGGCCAGAACACUACCGUCGGGCUUUGGCCCAGUUCUCAAAGGAUUAUUUUUUUGUAUGCCCACUGGUUGAACUAGCUGCCAAGACAGCAGAAGCUGGAAGUUCUGUAUAUGUUUACUCCUUCAACCACCAUAUCUCUGGUUUCAUCUGGCAUGAGUGGAUGGGGGCAGCCCAUGGUGUUGAGCUGCCUUACCUGUUUGGAAUCUUGUCGACAGUGCUGGGAACCAACCAAUCAUUGACUGAGGUUGACAUUGCGCUAAGCCACAAGAUGAUGCGGUACUGGACAGAAUUUGCCAGAAGAAUCCUACUGGGUCUAUUUCCGGUGAAUUACAGUGGCCGCUCUACAAUGCCACAGAGCAGAAUUUCUUUUGCAUCAGCACAGAAGUCCCCCAAGUUUUGCAGCCGUCUCCUGCUCAGCACUGUGAUUUCCUGGCAAAGCAUUUUUUGGAUGAGACACGACAGAGUUUGUUCCCAGAAGAUGAGAGGAACAAGACCAGAACUUAACAGAGGUUAUUUGUGAUCAUGGUCAGUUUGAUUUUCAAGCAUAUUAUUUGUGAGGAUCACAGCAUCACUGGCCUAGUGGGCCAUUUUUUUAAUGGGUUACUCUCUACAACGUGCUUUUAAUAUCUUGCACAGUCUGCCUCUAGUAACAACCGAGCUCCUGUAUCCUGGUGCAAUUUGUGUUCUACUUCUAGACUUUAUUACAAAAAAGUGGUCUGAAGUCUCACAGUGCAACUCUGUCCAAGAAGCUAAGAGGACGUGGGCCUAAGCAACACUGGAAUGGAACACCACCUGUGAACUCCCAAGUGCAGUGACUCGAGCUCCUUGGAGGAAGAGAAGGGUGAAAAUAAAGACAAUUCCUUCAGGGAUUAUGAGAGGAAAAUUGCUUUCUCACACACUGUUACAAGCGUACCACUGAAUCCCUGUGUGGUGUCAGUUCCAACCUCUUUUCAUGGAAUUGUUGGCUCUUAGUUUAGCUUAAGCCGUUCGUACUACAUCAUAUGUCUGUCUGAUCACAUCUGCCUUCUUAACCCCUUGGUUGUGAGGUGGCAAGUCAGGAAGUUAGGGCUGCCAAGUCCUAUGGGAAGAAAAUGGGGGAUAGAGGGUUGUGGGGGAGAGUUGCACUGAGGGAAACUCGCCUUGGGGGCUCCAGCACACUCCCCAUCACGCCAGAAAUGACAUAAUUCCCAGCAUGACGCAGAAGUAAUGGUGGUGCUGGGCCAAUUGAGUAAAAAUUAACCCCAAAUACUAAACUGGGAGCCAAUUUCUGCUCAAUUGGGCCCCGGCACAACCUGUCGCCUUCACAUUGCACCAGGACAUCAUUCCUGGCAUGAUCUGGGGGCACUCCAGAGACCAUGGGAGCUCAACCCCCAAUGCCAUGUUCCCACCUGCACCCCCACCAGAGGGGUUUAAUAGAAUUAAGUGACUGGGGUUUAAUGGCCCUGCUAACCUGCAAGCACCAUUUCAUUUGGUCCUCUGAGGCACUGAGGCACCUGCAGCCGCCAGAGUCUCUGCCAGAUGAUGUGUCACUCUCCCAGCCUGCUGGACCCUUGGGGGAGCUUACUUUGUCUCUUGCUUCUCCUUUCGUAUGUUGUCACCAACUAGUUUUUUUUAUGAAUUACCUGUCAAGAGGGCCAGUACUCCCAGCUUCCCUACCACGUUGCUGUACUAAGACUC